CUUUUAUUUUGGUGGGGCGGUGUGACGUCAUAAGUCUGCGCCAAGCUCCUGCAUCUUUGUUUCUGCUGAAGAAAGGAAAAACUUCUGCUGAAGCGACUGAGAUCCACGUGACACUGUUAUAAAGAUGGCGCUUAUUAAAGAGGAGAGUGAAGACAUUCAGAUUGUAGAAACAUUCAGAGUCAAACAUGAAGAUACUGAGCAACAAGCAGAGAUGGCGUUUAUUAUAGAGGAGAGUGACGACUUGAGGAUUGAAGAAGCAUUCAGAGUCAAACAUGAAGAUACUGAGCAAAAAACAGACAACUAUGGGGAAGGAAGGAGGAAGGUUCGAGAAGUUGAGGUUCGAUCUGACCUUCAGUCAGAUGCAGAGGAACCAAGCCGAAAAAAAGUCAGACGUAAAAAGCCACGCACUCGACUUUUGACCUCUUUUUUGGUGGACUCUGAGGAAGAUGAUGCUUUACAGCAGGAUAGCACGGGUCUUCCUGCUGCUUCACCGGUCCAACAGUUCAAUCGACCCACAAAGGAGGUAACUUCGCAGACUAUAUCCUUUACAGAAAUGCUGACCAGCAACCACGCCAUCUGGCAACCUGAGGAUUUUGCAUAUGAAUCUCCACAAGAGCCUACAAGAUCUUUGUUUCCAGAGAAUGGUGUUUCUUGGAACAGAGCUCAGCAGCCACCUGAAGUCAGCGCUAGUCUAAACCCGGCACAGUCUCAACAGUCUCAGUUGCCCAAACACCAGAGGACUCAACAGUCUCCUACUCCUGAACUUAUUGUCUCACUAAUCCGUGAAAUGCUGACAAAGCAAGAAAUGAUUCUUGAUCAGCAACAGUCCAUUCUGCGCAUCCUCAAUGCGAAGCAACCCCAGGACACCGAUUAUGUGAUUGAACAUGGACUUCUGCCAGUGAAAGACUUCCAGGGCCUUAUUACGCUGGAGCAGAAGUUACAAGCAGUUGAUUUCAAAGAAAAACUGAUUAAUCAUCUAGGCCUGGUUGGAGGGUGCGAUACAAAGGACACUGUGUGGCGAACAAUGCACCGAACUAUUUCAAAUGACUUGGCCAAAAGCAUCAACUGGAGAGGGGUGAAUGGAAAAAUAUCCCUGGCGGCCCUGCAAUUAAAGGAUGUUGUUAUUGAUGCUGUCCGAAAGAAUGUCUUUUCAUCGACGGCAACAGACAAUGAAAUUGAAAACGUGAUGAAAAGGUGGCUGCACCUGGCCUCAGACCGGGAGGGAGGAAGGAAGAGGCGCCAAAAGGACUAGUCUACAUGCUAAGUUGAGCUGUUAGGUUAUGUUGUAAAGAUCAGCCAAGUAGGUUGGGUGACAAGAUUUAAAAUGGGGUCAGAUUUUACUUUGUGAGAUUUGUAGUAGAGAUGCACAGAUUGCAAUUUCUUGGCCGACUCCGAUUUUUUAGAAGUGUGGCCUGCCAAUACCGAUUUUUGCCGAUUCCGAUUUUUUUUCUAAGAACUAUAAUUGACAGCAUAUACAAACAAAAAUCUAUGCAAAUUUUAAUGCAAAAUUAUUAAACAUUACAAUUCCCCGAUCUGGACUAAGUUACAGAUCUUCUCUCACUUAAACUUUAACUCUCAAAAUAAAGUGCUCUGUGACUGGAAAGAGGAAGAAAUAGUCAACUUAAAAUGAGUUGCUGUAUGUAACAAAACAGAUGUCAUUUCCCACUGUUUAUAAAUGGUCAUUUUUUUCCCCUAACCUUAUUAAAUGUCAUUUUUCACAUCAAAUUCUGACUUUGUUUCAAUUAAUUCAGUUAAGCAUAAUAAGAAACUGUAGAGUUGUUACCAUUAAAAUUAAAUUAGUAUUAACAAACUAUCUUUCCACUGCUGAGGAAACAGAAGCUGCAUCUGAAGUGGCAUUAGAUGCAUUUACACACUGUUUGAUGAAGCUGAGGUGCCAUAAAUGCAUUUACACUUUAAAAUUUCAAAUGGAUAAAUAAUUUUGUAAAUAAUGUUUUACAUAUUUUUUUAAACAUACAAAUAAAUGUUGAAAAAAUGCAAUGAUACUUUUAAAUAUGACUAAACCACCAGUAGGUGGCGCCAAGUGUCUGUUUUAAUGAGUGAGUCAUUUAUUCAUUAAUUCAACCGAUUCAUUCAAACGGCUGAUUCAUUCAGAAACGAGGCAAGUGACUGUCCUUAUGAAUGGGCCACUGAAUCACUGACUCACUUGAUUCGUUCAAAAACGUGGAUUCAUUGAGUAACGAAACACCACUGUGUUGCUCGGAGAAACAAAACACUUCUGCUAUGGCUUUGAUCGGAACUAUUUUCGUCAGCGAAAUUGAGCAAAAACAGUCAAUAUUUGGUCACUUAAUUUUAACUUCUUGUUUAUUGAAAUACUAUUGUAUAAAAUCAGUGUCACAUUGCAAUCGUGUUGAUAUUGAUAUGUGGGGUAACCUUAUGGCCAUAUAAUGUUGUAAUGUUGCUUAUCUAAAUCAUAUUUUGUAAAUAUCUUUUUUUUCUACCGCAGUAUGCAUCUAUACAUUUCUGUGAGUUACUUUGUGUGCUGUAUCUCUCACAUGCUCACUCAGGCUGUGCAAGCCUCAUCUGGCACAACUUAAAUACAUUAUCAGUCUCCGUUUACACUGAAUGUAGUUAAAAUUAUAAUCAUUCUCACGCAAAACGACGUGUUUACACGCGACUGUGAGUGUGAGCAUGGCUGUGACGUCAUUGCCUGCGCCGCUAGCAAUGAAAGGACCGGCUCGGAAUCGGCAAGAAGUGAAACUGACCAGCCGGUCACCGAUCCGGGCCGGUAAUGCGAAAAAUCAACUGAUUCCGAUCACUGGCCGGUCAAUCGGUGCAUCUCUAAUUUGUAGGUGUUAAAAGAAUGUCAGACAAUAUGAGAAUGUCUCAUAUUCACACGAGACUUUAAAACAACACAAUAAAGGCCAUUAAAAGCAUACAGUCCAUUGCUCCAUACCAUAAAACUGUCCAAGAGUCCUAGUGUGCUGAAAUAUCCCAAUGUGAGUGUUCACCAGUGUAUAUACAGUCCAAGAGAAGUGAUAAUUCAAUUGGUUGCAAAGGUGAGACUGGAGAGGUAAGUCCACAGGAUGGAAACUCCACAAUCCAGCAAAUUCUACUGUAGUGACUGUCCAUUUGUUUGGCAUGCUGCUCUCUUUAUACAGUUCCUGCUUCCAUGCAUAGGAAUCACUACUCUAAGGUACUAAUAUUUACCUGUUAGGGGUAAAAAAGGUACAAUUUUGGCCCCUUUUUAUAACCUAUACACCCACAACAAAAUUCUGAAACCACAGACAACCCUAUUAUUUGUGUGGCCAUAAAAAGAUCUAAAUCCUUAGUCUGGGGCCGUGGAAAAUAAUUAUAGGUUGUCUCUUGAACUGCACCUUCACUUCCCUUUUCCUUUUCUUCUUUUUCCCCAAUAUCUCUGUCUCUCCCUUUCUUUCUUGUACCUGUCACCUCUUCACCAGCAGGUCUACUGUUAUGAAAAGAACUGUGUUGUAAAACAUUGCAAUUUGUUAGCACAGAAUGUUAUUUAUCUUAAAAUGACUAAAUACCCUAGAUUUAACAAACCUAUAUUUCAUACAAAUAUUUUAAAACACAUUUUCUAAAGUGCCUAAAUGUCAAAAUUAGUACAAUAUCUUUAUUGAAAAAUCCUAAUACUGAACACACUAUGCAUUAGGCUGUGACUAUUCUUAUGUUGCUGUCUGCUCUAGCUCCCUCCCUUCCUAUGCAAUAAAUCCAUGUGAAUAUCUGUCUGUUAAAUUUAUUAAUGUAAUUUUACAAUCGAUAAUGAUGUCCUUUAGCACAGUAUUCUGACUGAUGAUUAUAAUGGGGUGACACUGAUAGCCUAACAGCAUGCUAGCAGUUUAAUACUCAAUUAGGUUAAUAAAGACAAAACUACAGUAGCGUAUUUACAGAUGAAACUGACCUGCACCUGAAGCCCUGAACAGGUCAGUAAUUUCACUGCUUCCUCUCCUUCGAGUCCCGCGCAUCGAUUGCUCUGUUCAAAACAAUUAGAUGGAAGUGUGGAACAGACGUGAGCCGAUUCGUAUAUCGCUACCAGUCAAGACUGACCGAUUUAUAAUUUAUGAUCGAAUGACAAAAUCUGAAAUUAUGACUUUGGUACAUUGGGAAGGCAAAAAUAUACAAUAUUAACAAUAAUAAUAAAAAACAAAUUAAAAAAAAAAAACAGGGCAGCGGGUCAAAUCAGCCGCCUGGCCACCGGGAAAGGGGAGCGCCCUUUGCUCGGUUUCUCUACAAAAUCCAUUCGCAAUUUGAAAAGAAGUGUUGUUAGUCUAAGAGGACCAAUCGUCUACGUAUACUGUUUCAGGAAUGACAAACAUGAGUGUAAAAUUUGCGCGAGUGAAUCCGUUAAAUCAUGCGGGAAGUCAUUAUUAUGAUUGACAGUGGCUACAGAACGAAAUGUCUGAUGAGCCGAUGUCAAUAGAGCUGUGCAUUAAUGCAGAGUAAAUUCAGAGUAACAAAACUACAGCAGUAACCAGUCUGUGUUGGCUGAAUAUAUUUAGCAGCUUACAGUUAGAGAUAAAACUUAAAUGUAGUUAUUAAAUUAGAUCUAAAAAUUUAAUGCAUUGUUUAAUUGUUAUACCAUUAAUAUUUAACUUAUUUAAUUUGUAUUUAACUUAAAUAGCCUAAUUCACAAUUAUAGGCUGUUUAUUUUUUAAAUGACAAGUGACUUUGUGACUUCCUGCACUGCUUCCCUACUUUAUACAUCAGUGCGGUAAAGUACUAAAAUUUGUUAUAAUAUUAAUUUUAUAAUAAAUCCAAAAGCAAGACGUGAAAAAACUAGGGAGUUGAAAUGGCAGCUGCAGCCAAUGAGUGAUCCUCUGCUGCCAUCUCCUGGUUAUAAUGGUAAUUUCAUGUCAUUUUCAUCUUAAAAAGUCUUUAUUUUUCUGCCAAGAGACACAUUUUUGGCACAUUUAUUCAUGUCGUCUUCAUGAAUGAAAAGCGAACCUUUAAAGUGAAUUUUGCCCAGCUGUAGAGUUGAGAAAUAAUAAAGGCUUUAAAAUCUUAUAAGAUUUUAAAAAUGUGUUCAUUGCUAUAAAGGUAAGAUAUAGAUUAUCAAAAAUACCAUUAUGAUGUCGUUUAAGAGAUUGGCCUGACCGUUAGUCUAAACAGUUACGAUAGUGUUUAUUUGUCAGCAUCUAAAUGUACAGUUACAUGUCUGUACUCUUGGGAUUACCAGGCUCGGCAUAUACAAUUAUAUGUUGUUAAAUAACAUGAAACAGUAUGUUAAUGCCGCUAUCAUUAUUUAUGGUGUUGCAAUUAUUUUGUUUCUCAAUUUCUGAUAAGAAUGAGGCAGGAGAUGUUUCUGUGAGAGUAUAAAAUAGCUUAUAAAAUGAGCUUCAGUGGAAGUUUACGAGCUGCUAAUCUUUAUCCGGAAGUUCUAAAGAAAGCUCCGUGCAUAUGGUCAGUAUGGUCCCGGUGCUCCCGAUGGCCAGUCCGGGCCUGUUCUCCGGUUUUAAAACAAUGUUUUUAAGAGAAAAUACUUCAGUGCGAAGCUGUUCACAAUCACACUGGUGUGGAAUCUGUUCAUCAUUAAAAUUAGCAGGUGUUUUAAAAGGAGCAGCAUUUUCAAAAUGAGUCAUCAUACUUUGACACUUUCUCAACACAGCUUUUAAAGUCUUAAAUGUUCCCCGUAUGGGCCACCAUAUGUAACUAUCAGCCAAGUAGGUUGGGUUACAAGAUUUAAUAUUGGGCCUGAGUUUUCCUGGUUUUAUUGGGCCUCAUUUACGAAACGAACGUACGACAGACAAUUGGGCGCACGGUUGUUUCAACGCAAAACAUGGAAUUUAUCAAUAUGGACGUGAGCGGAGGCUACGCUGAAAUCUCAGGUCUCGUCUCAGCUCCUGUACGCAAGGUUUUUAUAAUUUUAAGUUAUAUGUUUUUUCUUCGCACAUAUAACAUUAGUUCUAGCAUUGCUUGAUAUUUCAGCUAUUCAUCAUCAAACUAAAAUGCAGUCAACCAAAUAUAAAAGAUACACUGUUUAUAUUAAAAGGUCCGCUGUGAAAUCAGCGUGCAGCGCCCAAACAAACAUUUUUACGCGUGUGAAGGAUUUUACGCGAAUAGCCUAGCCUAUUGGAACAUGAGUGAAGUAUAAAGCCAUGUUUAGGCUACAUAAUAAAUAAUAGUUUAACAACCAAAUAAUACAAAUAUGGCAAAAAUGGAAACAUUUGGAUUCUUGUCGAAUGAGAGAGGCUCGUGAGCGCGAUGCCGUUUCAGCUUUGCUUGACGUUUGUGUGCUGUUUAUAGCUAAUAAAUGCCACUAGCUUAUAGCGUGAUUUUUUUAUA